AGUGGAGAGAAACAGAAGCAAUGGCCUAUAUAUAAAAUUUCUCGGUUUCGAAAAGCCAAGAUUUAACUCACACACUAACACGAAUUUCACAGAACAAUUCAUCAGCAAAAUUAAGCCAAAUCCCAGAUGGCCUCUCUCUCGAUCUUCAAUUCAGAAUCCGAUGAAGAUUGUUGGGUCAUCCAGAUCAACGACAUGGUGAGUGAAUCCCACUUCUCACUCUUGAAAAGAAUACCUGUUUGCAUAUUCCAUGUUCCCAAAUCUCUCAUCUGUGGCAAGCCAGAAGCCUUUGCUCCCCAAUUCGUAGCCAUUGGUCCAUACACUCACUUUCGUCCAGAACUCUAUCCCAUGGAAAGGUUCAAGAUUUUUGCUGCCAAAGCCGUUCUAGACCACUUCCAAAAACAUGAACUCAAACAAGUGGUCCAAGAAUUCCACGACACAGCAACCUUCAUCCGUGCUAGUUACCACAAAUACCUCGACCUCAAAGAUCAAACCUUGUUAUACACCGUCGCCAUCGAUUCUUUGUUCUUGUUGAAUUUCUUCCACAACUAUCUCAACGAGAAACUAUCUGGUUCUUUCAUGAGGGGACUUGGAGACCAAAUUCAGUUGCGUGGUCUCACACUAACCAAGGAUGCCAUCGUAAGGGACAUCCUCAUGGUGGAGAACCAAAUUCCGAUCUACUCCUUGUUGAAGAUCUUGCGGUUUGAAAGCUCCGAACCUCCUCAUUCAGUUCAAGAAUACUUGGGUUCGAUGCUCUUGUCUUUCUGUCAGCAACACUCUCCACUUAAGAUAACAAACAGCCCCACAUGUUCUGAAGCCGUUUCAAAGCAUUACCAUCUGUUGGAUCUCAUGUACCAUUUGGUCGUCUCUAACGCUGUAAAGUCUGAAACGCCCAUACCUGAUCCAAGCGAAGAAGGUAUUGCUGCAGUUCAGAAAAGCUCAAAUUCUGAAGCCAUACAAAUUUCCUUUAAGAAAGUCAAAGGUGUAUUAACAUGGACUUUAGGGUCUUUAAAGAAGCUGAAGGACGUGAAUAUUCCUCUUGGGAAACCCCUUAAACAACAGCUAGAUCGAGUAAUAAAAGUUUCCUCACAACUUGAUAUUCUUUCGUCAAAUCCAAAUGGCUCUGAAGAAGAAGGAGAAGAAGAAGAGGAAAAAAAAGAUGAAGAAGCUCCUAUGAUUGUCAACAUCCCUUGCGUGCGUGAACUUGAUUCAGUCGGGGUCCGUUUCCAACCUUUGGAAGGUGGGAACAUGGCCAUAGAAUUUGACGAAAAUAAGGGCAUAUUUUACCUCCCUGUGGUGAAACUGGAUGUGAACUCUGAAGUGAUAAUGAGAAACCUUGUGGCUUAUGAGGCCCUGACCCAACCAGAUUUUCUGAUCUUCACACGGUACACAGAACUGAUGAAGGGAAUCGUAGACACUGUAGAGGAUGUGAAGCUGCUGGUGAAGGCAGGGAUCAUAGGGUCAAGUAGCACUCUGAGUGUGGAAGAAACUGAGGAACUAUUCAACGGAAUGAGCAAAUCCAUUGCACCCACGAAAACUCAGAAGUUAGAUGAAACGAUUAAGAAAGUGAAAAAGUACUACGAUUAUAAGAGGAAGACGAACCUCUUGAGGGCCUCAACAGAUUAUGUGUACAGAUCAUGGAAGUUCUUCACACUUCUUUCUACCUUUAUUCUCUUGGCCCUAACGGCUAUUGACACGGUUUGUUCCGCCUAUGAUUGUCAAGGGUAUUUUAAAACCAAAUGAGGUUUUCAUAUCUUUUAUACUUUUGCUAGCCUGGUUUUGAGUAUAUAAUGUUUCUGAAAAAUUAAGAACAGCUUCAUAAAGUUAUACCUUCAUAGGAUGUUAAAAUGUAUGUUUGAUGUGUUAUGCAUCGGAAACCAUCUGUUAUAUGAUUGAU